UUCCCCUCAACAUUGGACUCCUCCAUCUGUCCUGAACAAGCAACACAGAAUCCCAAACAGAUGAUGCUCAACCUCACAUCUGUCUGGAGGAACCAAAACAAAAGAAAGCACUUAUCUUGAGAGCGGGCUUCGAUAAAUAGCACCCGACAUGCCCUGGACAGCAGCAGGGUGUAGGAGUCUGUAGCUGUCGUUUUAUUUAUUUUGCAGCUGUGGUUAAUUUUGCCGGGAAGCAAAGAAGGGGUUCGUCUCUCUCUGGAGUCUCCCGCGAGAAGGGAAGAUGGCUGCCAUGAAGAUUCUAACGAGCACCGGGCUCUUUUUGGCGUUAUGCGCGUUAGGGUUGCUGGCUAUGGCCAUCUGCACCGACUACUGGUACGAAACAGAUGCUCGGAGGCACCGGGAAAGGUGUAAGAAUUAUUCCAACAAGAGAACUGACCCGGGAUACAUCUAUAUUUCCAAUCACAACCUUCCCCUCCGCAUGCCGCCCAGGGAUAAAAGCAAAGGGAAGGGAGAAGGGAGUGGGCUACUUCCCAGAGUCAAGCGGCAUUUCUUAGCGGCUGCCUCGGCCAUGGAGUCUCAUUGCAGCCGGCAGUUUAACUCGACCAUUUCGGGGCUGUGGAGACGGUGUCACCGGGAGGGAUUUGAUAUUGAGACCGAGGACCUCAUCUAUAAAGGUAUGAUCCAGCGCUGUAUCCCAGUGAAGUACCAUUACUCCUCAUCCAUUCUUCCGAGGAACUUCCCCAUCAACAUCACCAAGACAAUCCGACAGGACGAGUGGCACGCGCUGCAUCUACGUCGAAUGACAGCUGGCUUCAUCGGGAUGGCGGUUUCCAUUAUCCUGUUCGGGUGGAUUAUUGGAGUCCUCGGCUGCUGCAAGCAGCAUGAUUUAAUGCAGUAUGUGGCGGGGCUGUUGUUUCUCAUGGGAGGAACCUGCUGCAUCAUCUCCCUGUGCACCUGCGUCGCAGGGAUAAAUUUUGAACUGUCCCGCUACCCGCGGCACAUGUACGGACUACCGGAGGACAUCAGCCACGGCUACGGCUGGUCUAUGUUCUGUGCCUGGGGUGGGCUGGGGCUGACCUUGCUAGCCGGAUUCCUGUGUACAUUAGCCCCUUCCCUCAGUGCCCCCCGCACGAUGGCACCGAAACCAAGGCAGGAGAACGGAACAGUCUGACACGCAGCGGGAAGCACAGCCACAAGGACACUUAGAGCCAUCGGCUCGGACGGCACUGGCGAGUACAAACCAUAGUGACUGGAGGGGAGGGGUCCUCUGCCUGCCACGGCCCGACCAGACUUUUUUGUUCACUUACGCCCAAGCGCAAGUGACUGCUUUGUAGAGAUUCUGAUUAAUAAUGGUGCUUCUCCAGGAACUUAACCGUAAACCAGAAAAAAAAAAAAUACAUCUUCUGAGUAUUUGGGAAAAAAAGAAAAAAAAGUUGUGGCGAAAUUCUGUCCCGUGUGUGUUUUAGUCGGGUUGGACUGUAUUGUGAUUGUUAUUGGUUUCUUAAAAAAAAAAAAAAAAAAAAAGGAAAAAAAUAUUAUGCUGGCAUAAACUGUCGAUUGUUAAAAGACAACAAUAUUUAAUGUGGACUUAUAAUAUUAUUAUUACUAUUAUUAUUAGGAGAACAGUGUUUUUUUUUUAUUACCCACUGCAGCCUCCCGUCAUGGAAGAUUACAAGCACACACUGGAACCAAUACUGUCAGUCCUGAUUAAACGACGAGUGAAAUGUGCUUUCAGCUUUCAAAUGGCUGAAGGACUUGCCGUGCAGAACUGUGCAUACAGAAAAUAUAAAAGCAGUAAUUGACCUGAACAUAUAGAACGCGUCAAUGGCUAAAAACGGUCUGUAACCUUGGUAACCUGCCAGUGACCUUAUUAGGUAAAGCUAGAAACUAUAGCCCUACAGCGCUCCCUGGAGGAAUAAUGCAAACCUAAAAUUAAAAAAAUAAAACUAUAUCCUCUACCCUCCAAAUUUACAUUUAAUAAUGAAUCCUUAAUACUGGCCUUAAAUCACAGGUUACUGUUUAAAGAUUAACCCAGGAGGAAAUAGUGCCAAGGUAAGUCAUGGCUUGGACUCAGUAGGACAGCUUGGUAUUUUGUGCAGAGUAUCUUUCAAUAAAAUAACAGAAGCCAGUGUUUUAUGAUCACUUCGAUGAGAGCGUUUCACAAUGUGCUGCUAGUAGAAUGAUGAGCCCAGUGAUAUAUACGGUCUCCAUCAGUAUAGAAACGAUCUGUAAAGUUGAGGGACGGAAGCACUACAUUUUAAGCAAGCAACAUGAAAAAAUGCAGCAAAGACGACAGAGACUAAGGCAUUGUGCGUGUGCACUUUUUUUUACUUUUUCCAUUUUUGUUUAAAAUACAGGCAUUUGUAACUGAGAACAGACCUGUCCUUGAUGUAACCCUGCUUUAACUUGUCUUCCAAAAGCCAGCUUCAAGCCAGUCACUAGUAUUGUUGUGUUGAAGCUCAUAACAACGUCCCUCGCCAACUCUCUCUAGUGAGUGUUAACAAAGUUGCCUGCCCCCAGCCAAGCACCAAUAAAAAACCCCAUCGAUCUACCAAUGCACUGCAUUCAGACCAGGCGAAUGGCAGUAUGGAUUAGUUACCGUGGUUUUGAAGGACUUUUUCUCAGAGGUUAAGAGAAGUAAAGCCAAAGUGAGUAUCAAGAGCUUUUUAGAUAUAGCAUCAUGCUGGCUUUGUACAGUACUAAUAGACUGUAAAAGGGAGAGCUAGACAAUACCAUGCAAAGCUUACAGAGAAUAGAUCCUGGCUCAGAAUACUGUGAAUUCCUUCCAAGUGCCAGUUCUGCAUGCUUGUAUGUUCACUAUGAACUGAAAUUUAAUUAAUUAAAACAGAAUAUUUCCACAACAUAACUUGGCAGAACGAUCCUUUGUGAACAUCCUACACCGAAACGAAAACAAUCCCAAUAGAAGCACAAAACACUCGGUGCUGGGGGGGCCAAGGUGAAUGAGGGUAUACUGCGACUAGGACAGCAUGUUACUGUGCUUGCCACAUAACAUCUCUUCCCAGGCACUGAGCCCUUAGUGAGCACAUAGGAUUCCAACAGGAUUCCAUGCCCCGUUUCCUGCCAAGACUCAAGUCAUCCAUCCCGAUUUCCCUUUUAAAUGACUGUCAGCUUUUUGAAUUACUUGUUGGAGAUUAUUUCCUCCAUGACCAAGAAAGGAUACUGAAUAAGACUUGGUAUUGAAAUGCCAAUAACAAUUGCGUUAGGAAUGCAUGAAACUUAGAUUUUAAAAGAGUAAAAACAAGUAUCAAUCUCAGAUUUCAUGGGGAGGUUGGUUAAGACUACAAAUUUGCCAUGUGAAUAAUAUGAAAAAGUACAAGGUAGGUUGGUUGGUGGUCGUUUUAACACAGAGAAGCUGAAAGCACAAUUUUAUACUUGAACUAAGCAAGCUAAACAACAAACAAACCAUCUUCCACAACGAAUUCUAAGCCAAUGUACAGUUUCAGUAAGAAAGUUCCCAAUUUUAGAAGCAAGUUCAUAAGUAUUUUGUACAGAACUGCAUAAAUGUUUUGCAUUUGUAUGGUGUAUGAUACAUUAUUUGUACAAAUAUCAACACAUUUCUGACAUACAGAGUAGCAUUUCUGCAAAUAGCACCAAUGUUUAAUAUUGUAUUUUUUUUUUUCAAUUUAAUUUAUUAUAACAUUGUUUAAAAAAUAAGAGGAGGAAAAGCAAUGCCUAGCAUGAAAACAUAAGGUUAUUUCAUUCCAAUGUAUUUAAACUUGUAUUUUUUUUUAAUUUUAUUUUAAAAAACAAACAAACAAACAAACAAACAAAAAAAACAAAUGUAACUUCAAUUCUCUAUUAAAAUAUUCAA